AUGUUUGGCGACAGGUUGCCAAUUGCGGUUUUUGUUGACAGUGACCCGGACGGCGCCCGUAUUUUCCAGACGUACCGCGAUGGCGGGCAGUCAAGCAAGUUACCGGUGAAACUCCCGACAGCAGUGGCCAAGAUGCUCUAUCUCGGCAAGAAGGUGGAGCUGGAGCUCGUGACCCAGCACCGGUCGACCUUGCUCGACUACAUAGGCGAUGUCUUGGGCGACAGGUCAUGCUGGCUGUGA